UUCGGAACGUCCGAGAAGUUAUUAGUAGAAGUUGCUCUUGUGUGGAAACAUUUAGGCCGUAAAUAGUCGUGUUUCCUUUAAUUCGGAUACGCGCGUAUAUUUAUUUUAUUUCGCAGGAAACAUAAAAUUACGUCAUGGCAACGUACAAUUAGCGUCUAACGACAGUCCGUUGUGGUAGCAAAGCCUUUCGGGAGCGGUGAGACGCCAUCUAAAGUUGUUGCCAGAGAGCAAAAAUUGUGACAUAAUGGCGCAACUUUUAGCGAUAGACGGCAGCAGAGUGGCGUUCUUUAUGAUUUAAAUCAAUAAGUGUAUUUGUGAUUUUACUAAGUGUUUCAUCGAACUCAGUUUUCUGUGUUGCAUUUUCGGUGAAGUUUUCUCUAAACGGAAAGGCAAUAUUGUAGCAUCUCCAGAAGAGGGUAGUGGGACAUUUCCCAACCGACUCGAUUGGCGUAAACAAAACUUCAGACGAAUAUACCAGUCAUCUUUGUGAACAUUAAAAUGAGUGCCCCUGCUGUGAAACAGUCACUCCCAGCUUCUGGAACGCCAACUAAAGUUGGCCCAGGUGCACCUACUUCUGGGGCUGCAAAUAACUCUCAGUCAGCAGGUGUACCAAAACUGUCAGCUGUGAGCCCAGCUAAGCCACCAGCAUCAGGAAAUGCUAAUCACAAUGUAUCAAAUAUGCCUCUUAGUUUAGUUCAGGAACACAAAAAUGGAAGCGGUCAGAACCAGACCAUGUCUGGGCCACCAAGAGGAUCUGACAAGAACAGAGAUCUUGCACCUUCAAGUGCUCUGAAACCUACAUCAAAUGGUGUGGAAGGAUCCCCAACUAAGCCCCAACACAGUUUAACAAAUUCAGGAAAUGAUAAGAAGUCAGAUGAAUCACAAGCAGUUGCAAAUCAUUCAGCUGAUUCAAGUGUCACAUUACCUACAUCCCAGACAACUCAACAAUCAGUUCUGCCAACACAGCAGGGAACACAGUUACAGUCUCAGUUGCAGUUACAACAACUGCAGAUGCAGCAGCUGUUACCACAGCAACAGAUGAUGUCACAACAGCAAAUUGUACCCCAACAGCAACAGUCACUGAUGCAACAGCAGAUGUUGCCACAGCAACAACAGCAGCAACAAUCACAGUUUAUGACACAACAUGGGAUGCCAAGACCGUCCCAACAAAUACUACCACAACAGCAAAUGAUCGCACAACAACAUAUGAUUGCACAGCAGAAGCAACAGAUGCUAGGGCAACAGGGAAUCGGUCAACUCGUAAUACCCCAACAACAAAUGCAGACACAACAGAUCAUACAAGCACAGCAACACCUGCAAGCCCAACAGCAUCUACAAGCACAGCAGCAACAGAUGCAAGCACAGCAAUUACAACAGCUGCAGGCUCAACAGCACAUGCAAGCUCAGCAUGUUCCAGGGCAGCAACAGAUACAGAAUCAAGCACACAUGCAAGUGCAGCAACAGCAGCAUCUCCAACCUCCACAUAUUCAGACACAGCAGCAGAUGCAACACAUGCAAACACAGCAGCAAGCACAAUCUCAGUUACAAGUGACACCACAAUCUGUACAGCAGCAGGUUCAGCCAUCCCAGCAACAAAAUUCAACAAUAUCACCUUCAGUGCAACAAGCCCAAGCACAACACGGGAAAGGGCAACAGCAGUUGCAAGAGCAGCAGCCACAACAGAACCAAGGAGAGAAACAGCCAUCUACGGUGGAGGAUAACCAGGAAACGCAGACACAACCAAACUCUGGACCAGAGGGCCAAGAAGUGUCGACUGGUGUUACGUUGACGACAGCUGUCACCAGCAGUGUACCAGAAAAUGAAACAGAAGAGCAGAAACAAGGGGAAAAAGAACAAAAUUCCCAAGCAGAAACAAGUGGAAAGGAGCAGACCCCUAAAGAUGAAAAUGUAACGUCAGAGAACACAGAAACACCUUCAAGUACAGCAGGUUCUGAUGCUAAGAAAGAAGAGACAGAGACUGCAAAACCAGAUGCAUCAAGUGCUGUUUCAGAAGUGGCACAAAUUGCUGAGACAGAAGAUAACGUUGUUGGAGGUUCUGGAGCUGAUUCAAAUGCUGAUAUGCCCAUUGCUGGUCCGUCAACCUCUGAUAAUCAGAUAGCAGGGCCCUCUUCAAGAAGUGAUUCAUCAAAAUCUCGGGCUGAUGGUCCAAAAUCUGAAUUUAAAGUUGCGACACCUCCAAGAAGCAGCAAAAGAAAACGUGAGACAAAGCCCAAUGAGGCAGGUAAAUCUGAUGCAAAAGACACCGGUGAGGAGCGCAAGUCAAAACGUAUUCGUACCAGGACACAACCUUACCAGGCUCCAUUACCAGAACUGCAGUACAUUUCCAAACUAAAGACAUUGAUGAAGUCACCAGAUGACAGACUCAUAGUCUUUUACAAGAAUGAGUUUUUAGCUGUACGAAAUACAGAAGGAGGUUUUUUUGUGUGCCAAACUCUCCAAAACAUUUAUAGAAGCAGUCCUCGUAUUCGUAUACGUUGGUUGUCAGAACAAGAGCCAAAGGAAAAAGACUCCAAUGUGUAUAUUCCUGACUUCUAUGAUGCUACAGAUUUUGACUGUAUACUUACUAAUUUGGAUUUGAAGAAAGUGGACAAAAAUAAAUAUGAGCUUCCCAAUGGAGAGAGGUCACGUACUGAAAACAUAUUGACACGUGCACUACAAUUUGAAAAGGGAGUGGAGAAGCCUUCUGUGACUGAAGAACAUCCUGAUGGUCUUGAUUUAUCAUUAUAUAAAGAUGAAGCUCAGUUAAAGAAAAAGAGGAAUUCGAAGAAGCGAGUGUCAAAGAAAAGAACUUCUGCUGGGACUGAAGGAGGACCAAGCACAUCAGCUGCUGAUGCUGAGAGUGGUGAACCUCCAGCUAAGACAGCUCGUAAGUCAAAAUCCACCAAGAAAACUGGGAAAGCAAAACCUCCUUCAAAGGAAAAAUCUAAGACUAAGGACAAGGAGGGAUCAAAGAAACCAGAGCGUGAUAAUGCACGUGAGAAGCGAAAUAGUGCUAAAAAGAAAACUGAGAAAAGUGAAUCAAGCAACAAAUCUAAAAAGAGCUCGUCUACAGCUACAAAAGUGACAGCAGAAAAAAAGAACAUCAAAACUACACCAACUAAAAAAACAGAUUCAGCUGAAACCUCUAUUCCAACAAGGUCUGCAAAAACCAGAAGUGUUAAAGCUGGAGCUGCCCCUUCAAAGACUUCACCCAUUACUAGGACAAAGGAGCGUGAACGCAGGGGGGUUAAUGCUAAGGAGAGAAAGAAACCAGGCAAGAAGGCCUAAGACAAUGAGUGAGUGAUGUAUCGUUAUCAAAUUAACAACUCUUAAGGGUGGAUAUAUGUGGCAGGGAGAAACAUAUCUUUCUGUCUAAGUGUUUUUAUCAGCCCACAACUAUAUGGACCUGUUGAUAGUAACAAGUGAAUAUUUUAUACCUGACAUAAAGUGUUUUAUUGCACCCAACAAAUCUUUUACUUUUUAAUGGAGUCUAUUACUUUUGUUCUAAAUCAGAUAUUAUAAUGAUUUAUGGCUGUUGUAAUGGUUAUUGGCAGAAAGAGAACUGGAUGGACAUGGAACAGGGUACAAGAUGAUUUGGAAGUCUUGUAAAAUGCAAAUUUAAUUGUGGUACUUUGUACCGUUAAGUUGGGAUAGAAUGUGUAUCACAUGAUGUGUUCUGCAUCCCAGAUUAUUGUGAUGUUUCUUAUUGGAUCUGAAAAGUGAAUUGCUGCUGUUGGCAUCUUGGAGAUAAAUAUCUCCAAGGAGAAGGUGGGAUCAUUAUCAUCUGCACAGUGUUUUAUCUUAUUGCUGUUUCAUGGCAUAUUUGUAGAAAAGAAAAAGAUGAUAUGAAUGGACAGUUGUUGAGAUUUGCUUUAACUCUUCAGUGAAAUUUAUGUUACUAGAGUUUACAUAGAAAUGUCGUUUCUGUAAAACAUUUUUCUAGUGUAUUAGCAGCUGUUUCUAUAUAUUUUUCCCAACUGCUCCAAAAAAUACCUUACCAUUUCCCAAUGACCGCUAAAAUUAAGAAUUUAUUGUGACUGUACUUUCACUGCAUAUAUUUAUUCCACGGUGCAACAACUUGUUGCCACAUGCUAGCUCUGACACAGAGUUGCUCUCUGUUUCCUCAGCCAAUGCUGAGUUUGAAUUGCAUGUUGUUGAAUUUUGUGUGUGUGUGUGUGUGUGUGUGUG